UACCAAGUUAGAUAUUUCUUCUGAGUGGCGGAUUUUGACAAUCAUGAUCGAUCAUUAUAUAUAUGUGAUUUGAAAAGCAUAAUUGAUCACAAUGCUGAACUCCCACAUGCAAAUAAAUGGAAUCAAGUGAAGGUUUCCAUUGAGGGCAACGCACAGGAAAUAAAAAGAAUUUAUUUUGGUGCUCAUUCGUGGAGGCAACAAAAUAAUACAGAAGAUCAUAUUAGAUUCAUGGAUCCUAGAACAUACAAUGAUUGCAACUCGUGGCUGAAAGUACAACAACAACCACAAGAUUUGGAAGAGCUUCAAGACAACACAAAUCAGGACUCAAACUCAACAAAAUAUGGAGAGUUAAUUGAAAACACUACGCAUUAUGAAGAAUCGAGACAUGAUGUAUUUCUGAGUCUUCAAGACUGCGAUUCCUACUUCACGAACAAAUUAUAUAAUGCUCUAUAUGAGAGAAAGAUUAAUGCUUUCAAAGAUGUUGGAAGCAUUGGAUUGAGAGAAGAUAUUUUCCCAACUGUGGUCAGAGAAGCAUUUGAGGAGUCAAGGAUUAUAAUUAUCGUAUUCUCUUCAUUCUAUGCUUAUUCCAUAAGGUGUAUUGAAGCGCUUGCUAUGAUCAUCAAUAGCAUUGCAACAAAGGGCAAAUUGGUUUUCCCAAUCUUCUACUAUACAGACCCUUCAAAAGUAAGACAUCAAUCAGGAAGUUUUGGAUUAGCAAUGACCAAGCAUGGACACAGAUUAAACAAUGACAUAAAGAUGCAAAGGUGGAAGUUUGCUUUGUCAGAAGCAUCCCACAUGCUUGGUUGGAGCAUAACAAGAAUGUACAAGGAAGAAAAUGUUAUCCUACGCAUCGUCGAAGUUGUUUCUCAUCGCCUUCAUUUAGAACAAUUAACAAAAUCCGUACAGUCAAUUGGGAACACUAUGGAACAUGGAGGACCAGGACAUGAUGUAUCGAUCCUGAGUUUUGAAGAAGCCUACAGCGAUUCCAACAUUUUUGUUGGUGAUCUAUAUGAAGCUUUAUAUGAGAGCAAUAUUAAUGCUUUCAAAGAUGUUGGGAGCUCUGAAUGGAGUGAAGAUUCGGGCCCAAUUGCUCUUAGAGCAAUUAAAGAGUCUAGGAUUUCAAUUAUUGUAUUUUCUGAAUCCGAUGCAUAUUCUGAAUGGUGCCUUGAUGCACUUGUUAUGAUCCUUGAUUGUGUGAAAACAAAAGGCAAACUGGUUUUGCCCGUUUUCUACAAUGUAGACCCUUCAGAAGUAAGCCAUCAAACCGUAAUUUUUGGAUUAGCAAUGGCCGAGCUUGAAGACAAGUUACAGGAUAACAUGGAAAAGGUGGAGAAGUGGAGGUUGGCUUUGUCUGAAGCAGCUCACAGGCUUGGUUGGAGCUUAGAAAAAGGGGAAGAAAUUGAUGUUAUCCCAAACAUUGUUGAAGAAGUUUCUAAUCACCUUCGCUUUGAACAUUUAACAAGAUCGGAAGAGUAGUCAACUGAAAUCAUUGUGUUAUCGAGUGGAGCAAGCACAUCAUGGAAAGGGACAGUGUGCGUCUUCCUAAUGAUGGUCAAUCGCAAGGCAAGAACAAAGGCAAGUUUCAUGAGAACGGUUUGGAUAAGACCAACAAAAGGAAAGAUGGUCAGUCUUCGAUGGUCCUAAACCGCAUAUCAGGAAAGGUAUAACCUGUUGGGUUUGUAAUGCCGAUUGUCACCGAAACUGUCAUGAUGUAUGAUGAGGAGAUGGCCAUAUGUGUAACAGAUCGAACAGCGGAAGCAAGAAACCGAGAGAAAAGUAUUUGAGAGAUAAAACUGAACUGCUUUAUUACUUCGAAGAAGUAACGUACAUGCACAGAGGCUGUAUGACAAAUAAAUAACUAAUUACAAAUUAUAAUCCAUAGUUAUCAAA